UUGCAACAAGCGUCCUGAAUCAUCCUGAACAAGUCAUCAAUGGUAGCAAGAUUGACGUUCAGAGUUAUGAAUCAUGGUUGGCAAACAACAAGGUCAAUAGUUUUAUAAUAAGCUUACUUCACUUAGUUUGUGAUUAUUGGAAAAAGCUUAAUGAAAACUUGGACUUUGGACUCGACCAAAAGUUCUUUGUGAGGGUCUAUGCUUCUAUUAAUAAUGUUCCUAGCUUUCGCCAAAAUAUGUCCGAGUGUUUGUAAUAAUUUUUAGGUAGUUCACACACAAACCAUAAGAGCUAAUUUACUUGAUUUAACUCAGACACAGGAAGGCAGUUCUGCGGUAGACAACCAAGAAUACAGUCAACCAGAAGAUGCAGCAAGUGCAGUUAAAACAAUUUAUGUCAGUGAUAUUAAAGAUUCAACAACGAAAGAUUCCAUUACCUUGUUCUUUGAGACAAACAAACGUUCUGGUGGUGGAGACUUAUGCGAGGGCAAAGAGGGAUACAAGCGACUCUCAGCAACUGUUGCCCGUCUGACAUUUGUUUCCUCAAAAGGUAACUCGGUCUCUAACUCUUGCAUCUUUAGCUCUUGCAUCCUCUUUAAUUCUUUCCGUUGUUCUAAUUCCAUCACAUCAUCCUGAUAUUUGUCUUCCUCGGGGCAUUUGAUGUCAUUUUUGUCUUCUUCUGGUUUCUUUCCCUUUUAACUGUGUAUUCUUAUCCGACGUAACUCAAAUUUUUGCAUUAUGGUAUAUUUUUCUGACAAAUCUCUUCCAUCCUUUCUUAGCUAACUUUCUAUCAUCCAUUUUAAUCAAAUAUUCAAACCAUUUGACAUUCUUAUGAUAUUCUUUAAUCAAAAUCUUCUAAGUAACUAUCAAUAUAAAAUUUCAAUUUAUAUGUUUAGACGCACAAAAUGUGCUCAAAAAAGCCAAUGAAACACGGCUCAAACUGGAGGGCAAUAUGUUAAAAGUGAGCACUGUAUUUGAGCCGACCCAUGACAGAAGCAUUCUACUGGCAAAUAAACUUAAUCCAAAGACGAGCAAAGAAACGCUUCAAAACUUUGUAGAAUCAACAAAAAGUGUUGAUGUUUUAAACGUUGUUUUGGGGAAAGAUGGUAAAGCUAUUGUGAUAUUAAAAAAUGAAAUCGGUAGGUAUAUAUGCUUUGGGUUUGGUAAUUAAAUUUAUGCCUGUUAACUUGUGAGUGAGAAACGUCCUAACAUUUAUGUUGCAGCUGGAAGAACACGUUAAUAUUCGAUUAAAAAAUUAUUUUACAUUUAGACGAAGAAUAUUCAAACGUAGUAAGCUCGGAUGAAGAUUUGAAGUUAGAAGGCUCCAUUAUUUCCCUGGAAUUUGCUCCACUGACCAAAGGCAUUAAAAUCAGCAACAUACCACCAGGAACGAGCUCAGAUGAUAUCAAGUUCAAAUUCUCAAAUCCAAAAUAUGGUGGUAGUAAAGUGGUGGACAUGAUGCUCGAUACAAACAAUGGACACGCUAAUGUUUAUUUCGAAAAGUCUUCAGGUAUAUAUCUGGCUUUUUGUGAGAGUGAUACGCAGUUUGACAUUUGAUUAAUGUUGCUUUUGCCCACUUUUGUUAUGACAUCGUUAUUUUUGUUAAUGAAAGUUUACAAGUUUAACCGCCCUAACGUUUUGUAUCUUUUACAGUUGUUUCUGAACUUGUGAAAAACGAACAUGUAUUUCAAGAAGUUCCUUUAACAGUGAUUCCAUGCUAUGACGAAUUUGAUGAACUGCAAGAAAUUACAACUAAAACAACAGAAUUCUGUGACGACUAUCAUCUCGAACCUCUCGUCAUGGACUACAUAAUGAAUCAUCACGAAAUUAAAACACAGUUCAAAUUUAAAUCAAUGAAAUAUGAUAAAGGGAAUUCGACAUUUCAUUUUACAAAAGAGUUCGACGAUUCCAAGCUCGCUCAAGAAUUUAAAAAUGAGUUUUUACACUCGUUUGUCAAAGAGGAAGUGAAAAUCCCGGAAGCUGUUUUCGAGAAAGUCAAGGAAGCGAUUGAGGAAAGAAAAGCAGAAUUCGAAGGAAAGAAAGUCGAUUUUAGUUUUGAUGGUUACCGCGUUACUUUCAUUGGAAAGAAAGAGGACGUUACUCUGGAAAAAAGAUCAACAGAAGCAACGAUAGAUAGGAUUUUAGAAGAAGCCAAGUUUGAAACAACAGAGUUGGUAAUAGAGGACAAAAAUAAACUGAAGUUCUUAAAAUGUAUCGAUUAUUUCAAGAAUGUUAUGACAGAAUUUCCCGGAGUAAAAAUCCAUGGUAUAUUAUCUGGGAAAUUAUCACUUGUAGGAACGGCAGAGAAACACAAAGAUGUCCAUUUACGGAUCUUUCAGGAUUUGGUGAAGAUUUCGGAGAUUGACGUAAAGAUGAGUGAUCGUCAGAUAGAAUUUUUGAAGCGGACUAAAUGCCAGAUUGUGAACAGUGUGUUAAAAAAAGAUGACGUCAUGUUAAUGUUACAGACCCUAAGAGGAGUUGUGGGUGCUAAAGGCUUCCAGGCUAAAAUUAUGACCUUGAAGAAAUGUGAUAAUACUGAGGUAAUACUAAAUAAGAUAAAGUACAUUGAGGUCUGUUUACCUCGGUGGCCGAAGUUUAAUUCUUAUAAGUAUGCAGUUAUCUGAUUUUAAUUUCACCACAGUUGAGUUUUCUUUACCAAACACAACAGGUUUUCUCUCUUGGUACCCUGGUAUAUCUUACUGUUGUGACACUGCAGAAUCAAUAAGGGAUGACACUUACUAGACCUCUUCAGUAGGGAGAACAGUUUAGAACUGAUAGCGCUAUCCAUUAGAAAUAAAGAUAGCCUAGUUUAGGUUUCCUGCUGUGGUAACACUAGACCAAUAAAGGACAACCCUAAUUGGUCUUACUGAUUCCAUUGUAGAACUGUCUACUUUAAAUAACGUUUUGUAACCUUUUACGCCUCGUUAAAAGUGCUAGCCAUACAAAUCAGUAAAAAGAGAUAAUUUUUACAGGAAGAACGACUUCUGCACAUCAUCCAUACGAAGACCUCAGAGAAAUGCAUCGGAGUCGACGAGGAGACAGCAAGCUUCCUGACAAAGUCAAAAAAACUACAAGAGUUCAAGAAGGGAAUAUAUGAUAAACAUCAAGUCUUUAUCGACCCAAAACUCGCAGAUCUUUGCAAUAUCUGGAUCGUCUGUGAAAAAUCCAAGAUGGACAACGCCGUAAAAGAACUAACAAAUCUAAUUAACGAAAAGAAGAUCGGGAGCAGGAAAUUUGGACCAAUGGAUCCGAUGAAAUUUCGUUUUUUAAGGGCCCACUGUUGGGGAAAAAUUAAACAGAAGGAAAAAAGUUGCAAAGCUGAAGGCAUUGCCGUUCAGAAAAUUGAUUCUGAUUCGCUUGAGGUAAAGGGAACACAAGCAGGCAGAAAAGAUAUGAUAUUUUUUCUUGAAAAGUUGGUUGGAAAUGUUCACUUUAAGGUACGUAUUUCGUUUAUGCAGUAAAAGACGGAGAGAUGAUAGAGUAAAGGCUCUUUCGUGUGUUCCCUCUCGCCCUUUUCUGUAAACUUUUAAAUAAAAGGUUGGGUUUCUUUGCCACAAUUGGUGGGUUUCAGUAAGCGUUAUACAGCCUAUCAGUGGUAGGAUAUAAGCCCUGAUAGUAUUCUGAUGAUGGAAUUGUUUUGUUUUAAAACAGAACUUCUCUCUGACUGAACCUGGGAUGAAAAAAGAAAUGAGCAUGCACACAACGACCGCAAUCAUUUCUGACAUUGAGGAGAAUUACAACUGCGUUAUUCAACGAGAAACUCAACCAGAGGAGACUCACGCAGAGAAGACUGAAGAAGCCACUGUAGUAGCAGACGGAGGGACAACCGCAGGGGCCGGUGGUCCAUCCAUGUCCUUCGUCAACGAUAAGGAAGUGAAGAUGGCCUCGGGAAAAAGAAUAACGAUAGUUGUGGGAGAUCUGGCUUAUGAAAAGGUGUUGUGUGACACAAUGGUUUGUUCAUGCAUGCACGUUUGACCUUUGUGAUCCGGAUCUGAUUCGUGCAAUAUACAAUAAUUCUUGUUUGCGAGAAGGAAGCUUCCAGUUUGACUUUACCGAACUCUUCAAAUAGUUCGGUUUCUUCCUGACAUAACACUGCAGUAAAAGCGAUGUUCUUACUUGACGUCUAGAGAAGAACGGUUUAAACCUGUGUAGAGUCAUUUUAGAGCUUUUUUACUAGACAUCUAGGGAGAAGAGUUUAGAAUUACAACUAAUAUGGCAAUAUAAACUCAAUAUAAAUAAAGUUAGGUUACUUUCUUGAGGUGCUUAAUUAAAAUUUCAGGUCAAUUGAGAAAGACUUCAUUUUCCUUCCAGGUGGAUGUGAUUGUAAAUACAACCAAUAGCAAUGUGGAUUUGACGGGCAACGCGUGUGGAAGGGCUUUACUUAAGGUGGCUGGUAAGGAAUUGUUAAACGAAUGUAAGAAAAUCGGAAGUCUUCAAGCGGGACAAAUGGUUUCAACUGGACCGGCCAAACUGCAGUGUAAACGCGUGUAUCAUGUUUGCUCAUCAGCAUGGGACAACGGCAAAGGAGCACCGGUAAUGCUAUUUUAAUUUCUAGUUUUGUUGACUUGUAAUAACUGCUAUGUCAGAUUGUGCAGGAGGUAAUUCAUUUUCUCGCAUGUUGACUAUAUGUUGUACAGAACCUGUAGCUACAUUAAGCAUAGUUAGAUCAUACAAAGAAUAUGGGAUAAUAUUAACAAUCGAUAAUGUUUUAAAUUCAAAAUUUUUGUUUAGAUUCUACGUACGCUCAUCAAAGAAUGUCUGGACCAAGUCGAGAAAGACAAAUUAACAUCCAUUGCCCUCCCCGCCAUUGGCACUGGAAAUUUGCAUUUCCCGCGUCCAGAAGUUGCGAAAAUCUUUUUCGAAGAAACUACCGCCUACCUUACUGCGCAUCCUCAGUCGACCAUUAAUGAUGUUCGCUUUGUAGCGUAUAGUGGCGACAAAGCAACAGUGGACGCAUUUCUAGGUUUGUUGUCCAACUUAUAUGCUAAAUCUUUAAUUGAAGAGGGUUGCUAG